AUGGCUUUAAUAAGAGGAGACAUUCUAGUUGUCUUGUUCAUCCUCAGCCUGCAAGUGCCUUGCACUCGAUCAGUAUCGCAGGCCACAUUGUCCCGCUCAUUCAACUACGCCAACAUUGUCAAGACGUUCGAGCAAUGGACGGCGAAGCGCGGCCGCGUCUACUCCAACGGCCAGGAGAAGAGCCGGCGUUUCGCAAUCUUCAGGGCCAACAUGGACUACGUCCACAAGUUCAACAAGCAUGAGAAGAAAACUUACCAGCUAGGCCUCAAUCAUUUUUCAGACAUUACGGAUGAAGAAAUCCUCGGACGUCAGCAGACUGGAUUCGAAAGAAUGGCCACCUCCUCAACCUCGUUCAAGUACCAAAACGAGUCUGACGCCGAUAAUAUCCCCGCCAGCAUUGACCGGAGGAAACACAGAGCCGUCACCCCUGUAAAAAACCAAGCGUUGUUGUUGGGCAUUUUCAGCCGUGGCAGCUGUGGAGGGGAUAAUCAAAUUACGAACUGGUCAGUUGAUGCCAUUAUCAGAGCAACAGCUUGUGGACUGCAGUAG